AUGGGUAGGUUGAUUGAACCUUUCCAAAGGGGUGAAACGCCCACAUUCACCGCACAUGUUCAGGCUGGUCUUCGGGUGUUGGCGGACCAUCCGUAUGGACUGUUGGUGUUUUCGGGGAUCGAUCCUGAUCGAGUCAUAGCCGAAACCAAUGCUACGGACUCCUAUCAGAAUGUGCUUUUCUCUCUGCUCAGAUUCAGAUCAUACGUCGGAACGUAUCCCAGAAAAAUAACUGUUGUUACGCACGAGUUCAAGCGCCAGCGGUUCACUGAGUGUCAUUUUCCGGCUCUCGGGUUGAGGACGUCCUUCAGUGAGAGUGGGGGACAAGAUUCGUGCUCUGGAACUGUCGUUGGGAUCAAUCCUCCGGAAGAAGUAACGCCCCUGGCGUCAUUGAUCUCAGGGGAAGAGAAGAGUGGAAUCGGUCUGUGGAGACGGGAUCCGUAUGGUGUCGGCGAGGAGCUGGCAGCGAAGAGGGUUAAACGAGGAUGGAAGCCUAGCAUGGAAGACGAACUAUUUGUUGAUACGGAGUUGGAGGAAGUCGUUGAGGAGCUUAUUAGUUGGCAUGGAGGAAUGAGCGGUAAUGAGUUGUUUCCGAAGCUGGAUCAGCUGCCUUGGUAUUGA